AUGGUGAGGAAAUGGCUGUGGCGAGAGUGUGCAGGCAGAUCAAAGAGCUUGCAAAGCACCUUUGGCAACGGCAAGCAAAGCCUGCCGAGCCCCAAAGCGGCAGGUGCAAGGUUCUUUCUCCACAACUAAAUAAAGUCACAUGUACCUAUUCCAGUCUGUUUAAGUUACAGACAGAACUACACCCCAGGUCACAUUUUGCACGUACAGUUGUAUCUCGGGUUACAGAUGCUUCAUGUUACAGACUCCGCUAACCCAGAAAUAGUACCUCGGGUUAAGAACUUUGCUUCAGGAUGAGAACAGAAAUCGCGCAGCAGUGGCACGGCGGCAGCAGGAGGCCCCAUUAGCUAAAGUGGUAACCUCAGGUUAAGAACAGUUUCAGGUUAAGAACAGACCUCCGGAACGAAUUAAGUUCUUAACCCGAGGUACCACUGUACUUCUAAACUCAAUGCGGGAUCUGUUCCUUGUCAGGUGACCACGUGUUCUACUUUGUGGAAGACAGCCCUCCAUUGGAAAGGCAGCCAGAUUCAAGCCCAGUCUGAAGAUCAAGCGAGAAAGGAGAGCAGGAGAGGCCUUGAAAUUGUUCAUCAACCAUCAUGUGGAAGUUGGAGCAAGCUUGUUCCUGCUGCUCCAGAGGGUAGGACCUGUACCAAUGGCUUCAAAUUACAAGAAAAGAGAUUCUGACUAAACAUUAGGAAGAACUUUAAGGCAAUAAGAGCUGUUCAGCCACAGCAUGGACUCCCUUGGAAGGUGGUAGACCCUCCUUCAUUGGAAGUUUUUUUUAGCAAAAAUGUAUAAAACAGGAUCAAAUGUUUGUUGGAAAUGUAAGGGAAAAGAAGGCACCUUUUAUCGUAUGUGGUGGGCAUGUAAGGUAGUAAAAGAAUCUUGGGAAAUGAUUUAUAAUGAGUUGAAAAAAUGUUUAAAAUAACUUUUUCUAAAAAACCUGAAGCUUUUCUUUUAGGAAUUCUAGGUGCCAAAAUCCCAAGGGAGCAGAAAAGACUAUUUAUGUAUGCGACCACGGCUGCACGGAUAUUAUUGGCCCAGAGAUGGAAAGAAGAUAAAGUCCCUACCAGAGAAGAAUGGUAGAUUAAAUUGAUUAAAUUGAUGGAUUAUGCCGAAUUGGCAAAAAUGGCUGGAAGAAUCAGAAAUCAGGAAGACCAAAAUUUAUAAUUUAUCUUAAAAACCAUUGCAAACAAUGAAAACCAGGUUUUUUUCUGGGGGGAUGCAUAUCCUUAAACAUUUUGUGAAUCUAAGUUUGGCCUCAUUGAGGGGCAGUAUUUCAAUAUGAGUAGGAGAAUGAGAGCACCCCUAAACAUUUUUUUUUUUUUAAGGAAAAAAGCAUUGGUUAAAACCAUUAGUAGGACUGGAAUAACACUUGUAGUUUAAUGGUGAAUUUCGGACAUAGAGAGAUAAAAGAUAUGGAUUAUUAUAAAAGAUGCAGGAGGAAAUGAUUUGUAAUAGGACCCUCAAUGGGGAGGAGGGAAGUCCAAGAGAUUCUUUGGAAUCUUGUUUUUAUGUUGUAUAUUGGAUAUGUGAUUGUAAAACAUUGAUCUGAAAACCAAAUAAACAAUUUUUUUUUAAAAGACAAUGUUGAGCUGGACAAACCAGUAUAAGGUCACUUCCUACGCCUUCCAGUCACAGUGUGCACAUUGGAAUCCUGCACGCGAGACAGCCUCCCGGUGGAAAACAGGAGUUUUGCUAAUCUAAUAAACUCCAAACUACCACUAAGUGGCAGUCAAGGACAAGCUAUCGCAGGCAAUUUAGUUGAUUUGUUAAACAGCAGCUAUUCUAGCAGGAAGGCAGGAGAACCUCUUAGCUUAAUGGAAGGUGGAUAAACAUUACUGGAUAAAAAACAUCCCAAGUGUCCCGCAACAGGACCAGCAUGUGAUUCGUUAGACGCUGACCUCCAGAAGCCUCUCUGAAGCAUCAGCAGCAACGGAAGAGACUUCCGCAGUGAUUUUAGGCGCUCACAUUGCUUUGCAGACAAAGUUCUGUUGCAAUCCUUACAAGCAGCCUGUAAAGGUAAGUCAGCUUUGGUUUUCAUCCUGCGCAGUUCAGGAAAUAGCACCCCGAAAUGGUUUCCAGAAGCAAUAUUCGGGAUUAGUGUUGCUUGGGAAACUGAAACCAAGAGAUUGCUGUUGGUUCGUGUCCUAUCUGACCCUUUUAAGGGUUCAUAAAGCUGUGUAAGUUGUGUUUGAGUUCUACAAAUGAUAAGCGUGAGUCAAAGAUGAGGAACCUGAUGUCCUCCAGCUGUUUUACAUUAUAUUACAUUUUAAAAUUACCAAUCAUCAAUUAUCAUUAUCAUUUCGCUGCUUAAUGCUGGUAUAUAAGUGGUUACAAAGUACAAAAAGCAGUUGGGCAAACAUUUUAAAAAUAACAUCCAUGUUUAAAACACACAAUAAAACUGGGGUGAGGAACAUAAUGCCCAAAAGCUGAAAGUGGCCCUCCAUUCUUAUCUGGCCCCCAGAAAACUCUCCUUACCACCCCACCCUCUCCCCCCAGGCCGCACCCUCUCAUCACCAGCCCUGCUUCACACCCUCCUUGUGUGUUUUUGCCCGGCUGGAAGGUGCCCUUGAACUCUGAUCAUGCCUCUUGCUUGCCUGCAUGGAGGAUAGACAGGAUGCACAGAAACAAGUCUAGUGUGCAAGGAAAAAUUUACAUUAGUUGUUCCACCCACUUUGGCCUUCCGAAGGUUGUGGAGAAUGGAAUGUGGUCCCUGCACUGAAAAACACCGUAUUUUUCGCUCCAUAAGACACACUUUUUUCCUCCUAAAAAGUAAGGGGAAAUGUCUGUGCAUCUUAUGGAGUGAAUGUCUGGUCCCUGGAGCCAAAUUGCCCAGGGGCGAAAAGGAGAUCAUGCUUUUUUUUUAUUUUUAAGAAAGAGGGAGGUGGGUGUUGAAACAAAGCCGCUGAUCAGCAAGCGAUCGGGAGGGAGAUAAGGCUGCUGGUAAAGGAGGCUACCGGGGGAAGGGGGGAGGUAACUUGCAAGGAGAAGAGACAGGAAUACUAAAAACAAGCAAUGAGGAGAGAAAUUAGAAGAAAAGGAGGAGCAAAAAACUGCUCCAGCUAAGGAAAAGACACUAAGGCAAACAAGAGGGAAGGGGGUGUUGAAAGGAAGCAGCUGAUUGUGAUCAGGAGGGAGAUAAGGGAGGCUAGCAAUGAAAGAGGCUGCCUGGGAGGGGGGAGGUAAAAGCCCAUGGAUCCUCAGGAUUUUUGCAUUGGGUCACCCCAAAUUCACCAUCAGAUCACAUAGCAUGUCCAUGGCUACAGCCUGCACCCAAAAAAAAAAAAUAAAUCACACACCCACUGUUGCGUGGGGCCGCAAUGGUGUAAAAACGUGGUUACAAAGCACAGAUCCACAUGGAUCCUCAGAAUUUUUGCAUUGGGCUACCCCAAACACACCAUCAAAUCACACAUCAUGUCUGGGGCCACAGCAUGAACCACAAAAAUCAUAUAUCCACUGUUUCAUUCAGAAUAUUUUUUUUUCUUGUUUUCCUCCUCUAAAAACUAGGUGCAUCUUAUUGUCAGGUGCGUCUUAUGGAGCAAAAAAUACGGUAUUGCCCUCCAGUGCAAGAAAAUAGAUUAUGCAGUUCAUUUGGCAAAAAGGAGUCACUUCCACCAACUUAAAGCAAACAGGAGACAGAUCUGCAUAUCAAAAGUUUUUAUUUUCCUUUCCAGACAGAUUAUCGCUUUUGUACAUCAAUACUUCAGAGGAUGGGUAGUACUGGACGUCCCAGGGCAUUGUAAACAUGCCAGCUCUUUUCCUGGCACCCCUUGUGCCUUCAAGAGCCACAUGCCCAGCAGGAAUUCACCAUGCGGUUUGCCCUGGCACCAGGAUGUAAUUCUCAUGAAGAGCUUUAUCUGCUCUAGCCUGCAGAUCUGGCAGCCAAAGAGAGAGCACAGCCGGCAGCUGUGAGCCACUCGGAAGGGAUGCCAGCCCAGACGCUUGAGCUAGGGUAGGGAUUUGGCAGGGCCAGAGUCAGAUUUAGGACAGAGUUCCACCGUGUCUUGCUCUUUGCCCUACACUCUUGCUUCAUUUCCAUUCCUUGAUUCUUUCUUCCCUCUGUAUGCACUAGUUUAUGGAACAAGUCACAACAGACCGGGUUAAAUAUGCUUCAGGUUGAGCGCUUUCGGGUUGCAUUCUGCGGGGACCUGGAAGUAACGGAACGCAUUACUUCCAGGUUUCGCCGCUCACACAUGUGCAGACAGUCAAAAUGACGUCACGCACAUGCGCAGAAGCGGCAAAUCAUGACCCAUGCACGCACAGAUGCAGGUUGCGUUCGCUUCAGGAUGCGAACGGGGAUCCGGAACAGAUCCCGUUCAUACCCAGAGGUACCACUGUAUUUGUUUUGCUGUUAUGCUUUAUUGUACUGUUUAGAUCGUACAAUAUUCAAUAAGAUAAAAGGUAAAGGGACCCCUAAUCAUUGGGUCCAGUCGUGACCGACUCUGGGGUUGCGGCGCUUAUCUCGCUUUAUUGGCAGAGGGAGCCGGCGUACAGCUUCCGGGUCAUGUGGCCAGCAGGACUAAGCUGCUUCUGGCGAGCCAGAGCAGCGCACAGAAACGCCGUUUACCUUCCCGCCAGAGUGGUACCUAUUUAUCUACUUGCACUUUGAUGUGCUUUUGAACUGCUAGGUUGGCAGGAGCUGGGACCGAACAAUGGGAGCUCACCCCGUCACGGGGAUUCGAACCGUCGACCUUCUGAUUGCAAGUCUUAGGCUCUGUGGUUUAACCCACAGCGCCACCCGUGUCCCUUAUUCAAUAAGAUACAUUAUAUUUAUAUAUAUAUACAUAUAAUCAUAAGCAGAUUUUUUCUUCCAAUACAGUACAUCGGGCACACCAACUCCAGGGGGUCAUGUUUUUAGCUCCCUUGAAAUCUUUGGGCAAGGGGUUGGACCUCCUCAAUAUGUGAUGUCUCUCUCUCUCUCUCUCUCACACACACACACACACACACAGAGAGAGAGAGAGAGAGAGAGAGCGCACUGGUAUGCUGGACUCUUCAAUUGGUGGAGUGCUGGACCUUUGGCAUUCUGGCAUAACCCUGCUGACAAGUCCAGUGCACCUUCCUGUCUGAUACUGGCACUCUGGGCUCAUCAGCAGGGUCGCAUCAGAGUGCCGAAAGUCCAGCACUUUAGCGUGACCCUGUGUAUGAGCCCAGCAUGAACUUUCCCAUCUCAUCAGAGGUCAUGCCAGAGUGCCAAAGAUCUGGCACAAUCCUUUGAGGGGGGCCCGCAAUCUUGAGUGCAACUGAGUGCCUCUGCAGUACAUCACGUUUAACUCCCCUUCUUCCCCUUUUCUCUUUUAAUUUGGCCAUUUGUCUACCUGUCCUGCAAAAAAAUUUUAAUCUCUCGGAUAAGCCCCUAGCAGGGUCUUACAGACCCACCUGGCAUAAAGCAUAUGGAUGAACUUGAGAGAUUUAUGUUGGCUACAUGCCAAGUACUAAGUAGUCCUUUGCCUUACAAAAAUGUAUAAACAUCAGGCUGCUGAACAAUAAUCUGAAUACUAGGUGUGAUUUAUGUAAACCUGACAGUAUAUAAGUCUGAAGAACACCUCUGUCAGGUAGAACCUCAGCGCAGGCUAGAUUUGGAAAGUGAUGUGUGCUGGCCAAGCUCCAGCUUCAAGAGUCCAUUGCUCUCAGGGCUCCCAGCAACCAAAGGAAAGGCAGCAAGAAAAUAAAGCUUUUUUCCCCAGCUAUUAACAAUAUAUUCAGCUUUCACCUAAUCUGCGUGAUCACUGUGUUCUGAUUCCAGAAAUAACCUCUGCUCAGAAAAAUAUGGAGGGCCAAAGGUUCCGAACACCUGUUCUUGGGGGUGCAUCUUGGAAAAAUAUUAACCUCUUAUGACUGUAGAAAGAAUAAUCCCCUCUCCUUUUGCUCAUGCUCGAUUUAAACUAUCAUUUCUUAUUUCAGCUACCUCCAGAGAUCACUUGGACACUCUUUAA